AUGUCGAAGCUUCGGCUCCCAGUGGGUCCGCCCAAGGGGUAUACGAAAGCAUUGGAAACGCGGCUUCGGGAGACUGAACUGGUUUUGAUACGGCUCCUACAUUCAACAAAUGACAAGGACUUAUUAGCUCGUGCCUUCAAUGACGACGCCCAAGACUUAGUCAACGGGCAAAUCACCGAGCACAACUCAUCAGGCAUAGGCGAACAGAAAAUGCUAGCGCUGAUGGAUCAUUGGGAGCGCUUCCCCCUCCGGACAGCUGAUAACGUUGAGCAGUGGAUUGAGCAAGUCACAAAGAACUCUGUUGUGCAAGAUCGGGUUGAAAACCAGCCGAAUGAGGAGAUGCCGGAACUAUCACAAGCAGUGAAACCUUAUGACAAUAUCAAUCAUCAGCCCGAGGCUGAUAUUCAGAGCCACGUCAGUACUGGGGAUGAUCUGUCGGUUGAAAGUCAUUGCCAUGGCCAUGCAAUCGACCAAGACCCAAUAUCCCAGGCACCUAUGGAGAUUGCAUCGGUAGACAUCAUACAAGCUCCUGAACCAGCAGAUGUAGCCAAUAAGUUGCGAAAUAUCACCACGUCUCAUGGGAUUGAACUACCAGCAGACUUCAAGCAACAAUUUCUAUGGUAG